AUGACUCAGGAUCAAGGUGAAAAAUCCAAAAUCAUCAUAAGUGAAGAUACGUACAAAGAUAUUGUCACCAAUGAGCUGGAACGUAUUGGAACCGGCGGAAUAUUUGUCUGGUCCUUAUUUUUCCUCUGUGUCCUACCGAAUAUCCUCAAUGGCUUCCAUGUUAAUUCCUAUACAAUGUUGGGUUAUCUGCCCGAUGAUCAAUGGUGUGAAGUCGAUGAAUUGCAAGCGGCCAAUUGGACCGAAGAACAAAAACGUCAAAUCGUUCACAAAGAUCUCGAUAGUAAAGGCUGUACCAUAUGGGAUUGGGAUUAUAGGGAGUUGAGUAAAAUGUCCUAUGAGGAGGCCUAUAAUUAUACAGCGGCAAUGUCUGAAAUUAGCCUACCCACAGAGAUCUCGUGUAAGGCCAGAGGUUCAUAUCAAUACUCAGCGCCGGAAGGUACUUUUGUGUCCGAUUGGGAUUUGGUAUGUGAAAGGGCCAUACAAAGGACUUCGGCCCAGGUUUUCAUAUCACUGGGUAAAUUCUUUGGUUCAUUCUCCUUUGGCAUGAUAUCGGAUAGAUUUGGCCGCAAGAUUGCCUUUACCUUGGGUGCAGUAUUCUUCAUGGUUUCCAGUAUUUUUUGCACAUUCUCACCGUGGUAUUCAUUGUUUUUGGUUGGUCGCUUUGGCUUGGGUGCAGCAUCAUCUGGCCUCUUUUAUCCUGCCUAUGCUAUGUUGGUUGAAAACAUUUGCCUGAAACAUCGUUCCUGGAUGUCAUUGGCCUUUUCGGGUUCCUAUCCCAUUGGUAUGAUGCUAAUGGCAUUGGCUUCAUAUUUGAUUGCAGAUCAUUGGAGAUAUUUACAGUUAUCCUUAACUGUUCCAGCCAUGUUGUUAAUAUUGAAUUGCUAUUUGAUGCGUGAAUCGCCCCGUUGGCUUAUAACACAAAAACGUUACGAACGCGCCUACAAAAUUGUCUUCAAACAGCCCAGCCAUUAUGAAAUUAAGAAGGCGGACAUUGAUUCGUCCAUGCUCAGUGAUAAAAAAAUUGAAGAACCCAGCAUUUCCAAAUGGCAACAAAUGAGAGAAGGUCCCCUGAAGCACAUCAUCGAAUUGUUUGCCACCUCAAAAGUACGCAAAUUAAUAUUCACUUCAUAUUUUAUGUUCUGUGUUACAUCGUUGUCGUAUUAUGUUACGGCUUUAAAUGCCUCCAACAUGGAUGUCAGUCGUCAUGUAUAUGUUGCAAUUACGGGCCUGGUUGAUCUGCCCUCGUUACUUUUACCCGUCAUUAUGUUACGCUGUACCGGUCGUAGAAUUACAACAAUGUCGUUAUUCUUUUUAACCGGCACUGCGUUGAUUAUGAUGAUGGUUGUGCCACCGGAAAACACUCUGUGGAUUGUCGCCUUUGCUAUGCUGGGUCGUUUUGGAAUAAGUGCCACAUACUCUGUAGUUACUCUAUACACAGCCGAAUUAUAUCCCACUGAAAUUCGUGGUUCAGCCUUGGGAACAUGUUCAACAUGGGCUCAUGUUGGUUCCAUUUCAGCACCAUAUGCUGUCGAUUUAUUGGGUCCCUUGGGUUGGUAUAUUCCAACGACAAUUUGUGGUUGCUGCGUUCUAGUAGCUGGUCUGCUAACCCUAACAUUACCUGAAACUGGUACUGGUAAACUUGUGGAUCGUGUUGAGGAGGUGCCAUCGGAAAACACAACAGACACCGAAUGUGACGAUGUGAAUAAAACAAAAAAUUAA